AUGAUUACUUUUGGAUCCAUUGGAAAUAUAUUAUGUGUCAUGACAUUUGCACAACAAAAAUCACGAGAAAUUGGAUGUGGGUAUUACUUGUUCGUUAUAUCCAUAUAUAAUCAGUUAACAUUGGUAAUACUUGGUUUACGGUUCGCAUAUCUUCUUUUAACUCAAACAGUAGUAUGGAACAAUAAAGGUCGAUCACUCAUUCUAUGUAAAUGUCUCGACUAUGGACUAACUCUCUUACCAAAUCUUUCUGAUUGGUUAUCGGCAUGUGUAAGUGUAGAACGAACAUUGGCAGCAGUACGUGGUGCUUUAUUCAAUAAACAAGUAAGUAUACGUACUGCUAAAGGUCUUUGUGUCGUACUCCUAAUUGUACUUUCGGCAGUCACUGUUCCUGAAAUUCGGACUCGUCAACUUAUUGAAGAUCCCCGACUCGGUCGAUACACCUGGUGCGUCACUAAAUUUAGUUCAGAAAAACUACAAGCAUUCAAGUCGUUUCUCUCCAUUGCACAUCUACUCGGUCCCUUUCUUAUCAACCUAUUUUCAACUAGUAUUCUUAUCGUAGCCAUUGCUAGACAAAAAUUAACCGUACGUAAACGUAAUGUCAACCAGUCAUUCACUGCUAUGUUACGUGAACAAACUGCUCAUUACAAACAGUUGCUGAUCACUCACACGGUCUUGCUCAUUCUUGCAUUACCACGUUUGAUCAUCUCACUUGGAUCACUUUGUAUCGAUACAACAUGGCGAAAUUAUGUAUUUCUUGCUGGAUAUUUUAUUUCGUUCAUGCCGAUCGUGACAACACUUUUCAUAUUCGUUAUACCAGCGCCACUCUAUCGUGAUGAAUUGAAGCAAUAUUUAUUAUGUAUUCGUUCUGUUGGUAUUCCCAAUUAA